AGAAAAGCAGAGUACUUAUAGCAUAAGUUUUGGUUUUUACUCAUUCUCGUAAGCCAAGUAUUGUAUAUGUUUUUCUCUUUUGCACGAUUAAUCAUGUCAACUGACGGAUUUAUUUUGUUGUCAAAUACUCAAAUAGUGAUCGAUGACGAAUUAGCAGGAGUGUAAAUUGAUUUAUAUUGGGUAAAAUACGUUCUGUUUUAGUUAAAUAUUACUAAUAAACAAAUAUGAAUAACCCAGGCAUGAAUUCAGCCACGCCAGGUGUGCCGCAGGUGCCGCUGCUAGACGAUGACACCAUCGCCUUUGGUGAAGAGGAUAAUGCUAAUAAACAGUUUGUGCAUCCCUACAUAGUGUUCUUCCACCUAGUGUUCCGGUGCUCUGCCAUCGUAGUCUACAUGUUGUGUGGAUGGUUCUCCGACUCCUUCAUAGCCAGCUUUGUGCUUGUUGUACUGCUGCUGUCUGCUGACUUCUGGACUGUCAAGAACAUCAGCGGUCGGCUGCUAGUUGGUUUGAGAUGGUGGAACUAUGUGGACGAUGACGGCAAGUCCCACUGGGUGUUUGAGACAAAACAGGUAAAUAACCGCGUGAACCAGAACGAGAGCCGGCUGUUCUGGAUGGGACUGAUCCUGUGCCCGCUCAUCUGGUCCACCUUCUUCAUCUUCUGUCUCUUCGGACUCAAAUUCAAGUGGAUGCUUCUAGUCCUCAUCGCGCUGACGCUAACGGGGGCGAACCUGUACGGCUACGUGAAGUGCAAGUUCGGUGCCAAGGAGAACCUGAAGUCAGCCACCACGGAGUUCGUGAAGCGCCAGCUGUUCCAGAACGCGACCAGCUUCAUGUUCACGCAGCCCGCGCCGCCCACGGCCGGGGCUAACACCGGCGUUGUCUAAUCAUUACAUUAUACACCUACCGCUGAAGUUAAUAAAGGCCAAUUUUUAUUAUUUAUCUUUUUGCCACUAGUGAUAAUAAUUUGACGUUUUAUUAGAUUGUAAUGUUUGAGUGGUAUGGUGGAGACACGAAAGGAACUGCAAUGCAUGGAUCACUUUGAUUUAUCGUUCUUUAGAGUUAGGUUUGGUAGUGUUUUUUUACUCCUAUCAUGAUAGUAAGAAAGUGCAUUCAAAUUUAUAAUUAGUCGAUUUAUAAAUUCAACCUGAAGUAUAAUAAUUCAGUCAAAGAACUAAUUGUUUUCACAAACACUACAUGUCAAAUUCCUAUCGCUAUUAAAAGUUAGAUAGGUCAUUUUAACUUGCAUUGUUUAUUAUAUUAACAGAAAUAUGUUGGGAAUUCGUUGCCUGGUUUAGUUAAGUCAGCUUUAAAUUUUUGUGAUUGUAUUGCACAUAAUUAAGCUAUUUAUUAUGUUAUUCAAGGAUUACUUUCAAAUUAUUUUUUUAGUCAGUCAUUAGUUAGUGUUAAUGUUAUGGGUUCUAUUAGAUUGUUUAAAUAUGUCUAAUAGAAGACUUUAUCAAGGAUCUUCUCACACGACGCUAGGUAAAUCUUCAAUACUUGAGGAUUCAAAUCUGCCUCGUGUAUGAAGGGCCAAAUGUAAUUAAUAAUUUUAUUUGACAUAUCCAAGAAAUUUCAUAGUAUCUAGAAAUUAUUAUACUAUCUCCUUCCAAAGUAAAAUGGUUUGAAGCAAUCAAUAUGUAUGUCGAAUGCAUUUACCUGAAAACAAAUUACUUAGAUCUUAAUUAUAGUGUUUACUUAAUUUGGUUUUAUUCAGAUUGUAAUUAAAGUCUAAUUAAUGUUAAUUCAUUGAUGUAAAUAUGUGAAAAAACGCAGCUGCCAGUUUAAGAUUUAUUCCUACUCAUCGGCCGCAGAUAUUCCUAUUUGUAAAUUGAAAUAAAUAAAUACGAAAUAUUUACAUUUGUCCAUUUUGAAAUCAAUAUUUUCAUUUGUUAAUAUGUGAUAUAUUUGAGAAUUGUACUAUCGAAUUGACUCCACGUAAACAAAUUCCAUAAAAUUGAUUGAAUACAUUGUUAUAGGCCCCAUAGUUUAAUUAUACUGUAUAUAAUUAUAUUAAGGUAAUCAAUAAAUUAUGUUACAAUGUAAAA